CAGAACCCGGGACCACAACGCGGAAACGGCCCUGGGGCAGGGUUGCAGUCAGAUCCGGGGAUGGAGGGAGCCGGAGAAGAGGAGUGAGGAGGCCGGGGAGGCAGGCCGUGCGGUCCUCGUGGAGGCUGGCAGCCUGCUGGCCGUGGAGGACCGGGUCACUCAGGAAAGGAAGGGGUCAGGGGCUCGGGCCGGGCCCCCACACGCUCAGACUCGACGCAGGGAGGGAGCUGGAGGCGCCUGGGCGCGCAGGGCCCGGGCCUGCUCGGGCUGCGAGCAGGUGGCUGCCAGAGCAGGCCUCUGUUCAGGAGCGUGAGCCCCAUCUUGGCGUGAGAACCACAUGCCAGACACCACGAGUCCAGUUAGGGUUAGGAAACCAGGACCUUUGUAGGGUUCAGGCAUCGAGGGGGCAGGGGGCUUCAAGCUCGCCCAGACCCCAGCCCGGAUUGGCGAGUUAGACGCUUGUAGAUCCAAGGUUGGAUUGGGGUGGGGUCUCCAGGACGUGGGCUUCCAACGCAAGGAUUGGGGGGAUUCAAGUGCUUGGAGAUCGUUGCCUGGACUUGGGUAGGGGGAGUCAGACAAUUGGAAAGCCUAGGCGGUUAUUUGGGGAGGGGUCUUUGCGCUUUGGCGGAGCGCAAAGCUGCACCUUUCUGGCCCCAGGCCCAAGGCCUUGUCUAGAGAGGCUUCUAUACAAGGGAGGACCGGCUAGGCCAGACCAAGAGAAAGAAAAGUGAAUACAUCAGGACUGAGGGGGGUGGGGGACCCGGAGAGGGGGGUCACAAAGGUGAGACAUGGCCACCAGGCGUUUAACCGACGCUUUCUUGUUGUUGCGGAAUAAUUCCAUCCAAAACCGGCAGCUGUUAGCCGAGCAACAUAGAAAUCACAGACGGACGGAUGCACAGCUUCUUCCCGCCGCUGGAGCCUCGAAGGGACGAGGCUACAGCCUCCCGGGCACUCGGAGCUGCCAGGCCUUUGAAAAAGUGCACUUUGUUCGCCUUUUAACGCAAAAGGCGGAGCUGGAUGAGCUCGCUGAUGACCGCAUGGCCCUGGUAUCAGGCAUCAGCCUAGAUCCAGAAGCAGCAAUCGGUGUGAUAAAGCGGUCACCUCCGAAAUGGGUGGAUGGAGUAGAUGAAAUACAAUAUGAUGUUGGCCGGAUUAAGCAGAAGAUGAAAGAGUUAGCCAGCCUUCAUGACAAGCAUCUGAACAGGCCCACCCUGGAUGACAGCAGUGAGGAGGAGCGUGCCAUCGAGAUAACCACCCAGGAAAUCACACAGCUCUUCCACAGGUGCCAGCGUGCUGUGCAGGCUCUGCCCAGCCGGGCCCGCAGGGUCUGCUCCGAGCAGGAAGAGCGACUGCUGCGGAACGUGGUGGUCUCGCUGGCGCGGGCCCUGCAGGAGCUGUCCACCAGCUUCCGGCAUGCACAGUCCAGCUACCUGAAACGCAUGAAGAACCGAGAGGAAAGAUCCCAGCAUUUUUUUGACACGUCGGUACCACUAAUGGAUGAUGGAGACGACACCACUUUGUAUGAUCGGGGUUUUACAGAUGACCAGUUAGUGCUGGUGGAACAGAACACACUGAUGGUGGAGGAGAGAGAGAGAGAGAUCCGCCAGAUCGUGCAGUCCAUUUCUGACCUCAACGAAAUCUUCAGGGACUUGGGAGCCAUGAUUGUAGAGCAGGGCACAGUCCUUGAUAGAAUUGACUACAAUGUUGAACAAUCCUGUGUCAAGACUGAAGAUGGCCUCAAACAGCUGCACAAGGCCGAGCAGUACCAGAAGAAGAACCGGAAGAUGCUCGUGAUCCUGAUCCUGUUUGUCCUCAUCGUGGUCCUCACUGUGGUCCUGGUGGGUGUAAAGUCUCGCUAGUGCCAUUGAAUGCCGCCACAUGGAUCCCCUGGGUGUGAGGGCCUAGUCAGAGCCUCACUGCCGCCUGCCUGCAGAGCGCAGCCUACACAGUGGACCUUCCUGUGGAUGCCCUGGCCAGGGUGCUGGGUGCAGGCCCCGCUGUGUAUCUCCAUCUCUGUCGAGAGUUUCAGGACUUGACACUGUUGCAGAGUAGAGAUGGUAUAUGAUCAGCUGUACUGUAAACACAUAUUGUUAGAAGUUACAGUGACCUGGACGUUGGCACUGCGGAAGCUGCUCGUGCUGUGUGCUGUUUGCUAUUUUUUUUAGCAGUUGCGUCUGAGCAGCAUGUUCAAAUACUUUUUUGGAAAAAUUUUUUUUAAACCAUCUGGUUUUUAAGAAGUUUGGUACCAAAAAUUUGUGAGUAGAGGCAAAAAUCCCUCUUCGUCUUUCUCUAUGUCCAGUUGGAAACAAAUCAAGAAAUCCUUUAAGGAUUUAUCAUCCAUUCCCAUUAACUUAAUCCAGCUUUUCCAUCACUGUUAGCAAUCAGAGUGAGCAGCGUGGGAAAUAAGAAGCCUCCACUGGUGUAUGUUGGCACGUUUAGAUGGCUGGUCGGAGGCUUCCGAGGUUUCCAGUCAGUCGAGUGGUCCUCCCUUGGAAACUUUGCACUGCAUUUUCUACUGUAUACCGAAAGAGGUUAACUGAGCAAAACCACCAAAAUCGGGAUGUUGGUGAUCUGAGCCAGCCUCACAUUAGUAGAAAGCUUGACAGUGUCCUGAACCAGAUUGAGCCUGUGUGUCCCCAGCCAUCCUUGCUCAGUACAUUACUUACACACUAGCUACGUAAUGACCUGUCCAAACCAGACUCCAUUUAAUGAACUGUGAAUUUACACAGAGACCAUUUUAAUGGGUCACCCCAUUUAGCAUUAGUGGGUCUCAAAUUAUUAACCAAACAUCACUCCAUUUCAAAGUAAAAUAUUCCACCUGUAAUUUGAUUUAUUGGCUUUUUCGUUGCCACUUAGCAGAGCCCAGAAAGUGGGCUUAUUCCUGAGGGCUAUGAAAACCUGUGCUAGGGAACCCUCAUGUGAGUGUCUGUCUCUAUGUGCCUGAGUCUCUGUGUGUAUCAGGUUGCCAAAGUAGGAUCUGCCCUUUGCCUACCUGUUGACGUGGUGCUGCAUGUGCACCAGAGCCAGCGACGUGGACCUGGCAGGUGUGAGGGCGCAGACUGCUGCUUCCCAUUGGCCCUCUUCAUUGAUAGGUAUGACUCUAGCGGUCUUGUGCAAUUUUUGAUGGCCUUUUUAUUGACUUUGCUUCUCCUAAAAUAUUUAAGAAGAGUGUGACCCUGUUAAAUAUUUUGGGUUUUCAUUUGGACCAGUUAUAUAAAAUGCUUCUCUGGAAGUGACUGAAGAGGUUUCCAGAAGCUUCUGUUCAGAUCUGGAGAUCAGGUCAUGCACACCUAUUGAGCUCAGCCCCCUCCCUGCCCGGGUCCCCCUUCCCGGUCUUGGCCAGUCAGCCUCUGGCUUCUCAGGACCCACAUGGAUGUAGAGUGAUGGGGUCUAAAAGUGUGCCUGGCAUUCCCUGGUGACAUGGGCAGGGAGGGUUGGGAAAGAGGACUCAAAGUGAGGGCCUUUGUAGCCCCCGCUGAUUUUAACCCACUGGUCAGCUGCUCCUGGGUGGAUCUGCCUCAGGCUGUCUGUGGCACCAUGCUGAUUGUUAGGGCCAAGGAGAAAAGUGACCGUAAGACAGAUCAACAUUUAUUUAUAUUUAUUCACUGAAGGGGUCUUUUGUGUGCGUUUUCCCCCUAGCCCAUCUGGGUAUCCUAACAAGUUGAUUAGACAUUGUCCUAAGGACCUGUGGACAGAGGGACUAUCCCCUUCUCCCCGAAUACAGGGUAGUGCUGGCCAUGUCCCAGUUGCAGCCACCCUGACUGGCGUCCUGAGGUGAGACGGACAGGCCUGGCCUGCAGCUGGCAGCAGGGGCUCUUUGGAACCCUUAGCCACUAUAUUUUUCUACUGAGCCUGUCCUUGGUUAAGGAGCUUUUGAAGAUGCAAGAGAAGUUAGUACCCAUGUCCUGGCUCCUCAGGGUGACCCUUCCCUUGGAAAAGAAUGACUCUUCUGCCUGCUGAUUGAGGGCUCAUGGUCUGGCUAUCAAGGUGACGGUCACACAGGCUAGUCUCUCCCAGGCCCGGGGAGCGCACUGAAGAAGCAGCCCAGCCCCUCAUCACUGCCUCCAUUUCCCUGUCCUUAGUGGCUCCUGUCGAGUGUGGUGGGUGGGAAGAGAAUUGUUGACCCAAAGAUCCUAUUCUUUUCAACUGUCUCUGAAAACUGCUGUCUGUUGUUGUUUGUCUAGGGGCGGGAGGUUGGGGUGCUGGCUGGGCCAUGCUGUGUGAAGCUCUGUGUGUGUGUCUCUAAUUUAACGGAUGUACUGCUUUCUCUGCUAAUUGAGAGAGCGUUAUUUAUUUGUUUUGACACAAGUGCUUGCGGUGUUUUAUUCCAGCUAAUGGCUUCUUAAAGGUAAUAAAACCCUUCAACCUAAUUGGUCAGAUAAGACUUUUUUCUUGUAUGCUUAAAUAAAGCAAUUAGUGAAGCGCU